UGCCAAUCUAGACGCAGCCAAGAUGUUUGAGUUGCUCUGCCUUGUUUCCCUAUGUAUAGCUAUUUAGCAUCUGCGUGCAGUCGUGCACUAUUGUAAGUCACGUUAAAUUCCGUUGCAGGGAAACUGCUACAUCUCAUUCAAAAUGUGAUUCUCUUCCAUUCUUCGUUCGCGUUCCAACGAGUCACUCCUUCCGUGCUGCGCGAUCCGCGUUAGCCCCGCACCGACACAACGUCUGGAGCUUGACAGGGGAGAGGCUGCGCGCUUCUCACACUACCUCGCCACACGUAGAGCCGUGGGUGGGCGAUGCGGGCCGGGCGCGAUUUGCUGAUUUUUAAAUCCACCUGCGAGUGCUAGAAACGCGGAGCUUGGGCGGGGCCCGUGUGAAAUGAGUCCGGCCCCAGCCCGCUGUCAGCAGCUGCACCGCACCGCCCUUCUGCCACUGCAGCAGAGGCAACGGCACUUCCAGGCCAGGCUUGCGAGAGACGCGUCCCGCCCCAGCGCUUGCAACUGACGGCUCCUGGGGCUAUACAUAGUUUGGUUUCUGUCGCCGCCGUCAUUCUGGCUCGGAGGCAAAUUGUUCCAGUCCGUGGACUCGCUUGCAGAACUGUGUUGUGCUAUUGUUCAGUAAAUACAGACCUGACAGUGAAUCUCAGUCUAUUGUCUUAAAUCUGUUUAAUAUUUGGAGUGCUUUCUUAGGAUGCUGGUUCCCUUGGUACUGUAUGCAGCUGUCAUCAUAGGAAGUGGUGAAGUUCAAGGUGAUGAAUGGAUUGACCCCACAGAUAUGCUCAAUUAUGAUGCAGCUUCAGGAACAAUGAGAAGACCUGCUAAGGUAAAUCAUGACGACUCUGAUAAUAAGAAGGUAGCGGAUACUGUUGCAGACUUGGGAAGCACUACAGCAUUAUCGGAGUGCCAUAGGAAAUUAGAAUUCUUCAUUCAGAAGAUUGAAGAGUGUGAGAAGAAAGAGAAGACCAUGUUAAGUGAAAGUCGCAGCAUUCAUGUUUUUAGGAGAUACUUGAAUAAGAUUUUACUUGAAGCUGAAAGACUUGGCCUUCCUGAUGAAAACAUUGGCAAUGGGCAUUAUGAUGCUGAGAUCAUCCUUACAAGUCAGGCUCUUUUGGAGAUCAACAGAUUUCUCAGUGAAGGGGACUGGAAACCAGGAGCUUUGGAUGAUGCAGUUAGUGAUAUUCUGAUUAAUUUUAAACAUCAUGAUUAUGAAGUGUGGAAAUGGAAGUUUGAAGACGCUUUUGGAAUUGAUCCAUACAAUGUGUUCAUGGUACUCUUGUGUUUGGUGUGCAUUACAGUAAUUGUAGCUACUGAGCUAUGGACACAUAUUGGCUGGGUUACUCAAGUAAAACGUAUUUUAUUCAUCAGUUUUCUCAUCAGUUUUGGAUGGAACUGGAUCUACUUAUACAAGAAAGCUUUUGCACAGAAUCAAGCUGCUGUGGCCAGAAUGGGAGAUCAUGACACAGUAUGUGCUGAGAAGCUUGAUUGGAAGGAUAGUCUCUUUGAAUGGGUGAGACGUUCAUGGACGUUCCAGGAUGAUCCUUGUCAGAAGUAUUAUGAAACAAUACUAGUAAAUCCCAUUUGGCUAGUUCCCCCAACAACCGCGUUGGCUGUUACAUUUACCAAUUUUGUAACAGACCCAUUAAAACUUAUAGGGAAAGGAAUUGGUGAAUUUAUUAAAGCCCUUAUGAUGGAGAUACCAAUGCUACUACAGAUUCCGGUGUUAAUCAUCAUAGCUCUGGCUGUUCUGGGUUUUUGCUAUGGUGCAGGAAGAUCAGUUGCUACAUUAAGGCAUUUAGCAUACCCUGAGAGGAAACCAUCUCCUUCGCUUCCUCCAAAUGACAGUCAGCAACGGGAACAAAUAAAUUAUAGUACAGGUGAUUCAGAUGCUAAUUACAGAAAAAACGUUCGUCCCCUCGCUGGAGGACCUUAUGACAGAGGAGAUGAUCACAUGAGACUUCAAAUUGGCAACAGCAAUAAAGUUCUGCCAGCAGAUGAUAUACCAGAUGGACAAAGAGAAAAGCAUCACAAGUAUAGAUUGCACCCAAUGUCUCAAGAACAAACUACCUGUAACGUAAAAGCCAGAGCAGAUCAAAGCCAUGGUGGAGAGAUUGCACCAGUUGUACAAGUAUCUGAUAAGAAUUGUGAAACUAAAGAAAAUUGUAACUCAAAAAAGGAGAGAACAAAUCAAAACUCAGCUCAUACAACAGGAGAUCUUGAAAAGAAAGAAAAGGGCACUCUACAUGGAUUAAUAGAACGCACACCGGAAAUUAAAGAAUCUCUGGACUCUACUGAAUCAUCUCCUUCAUUUCUUCCAAGUGAUAGGCAGCAACAGGAACAAAUAAAUUACAGUGCAGUUGAUUCAGAUGCCAGUCCCCUCAGAAUAAGACCUUAUGACAGAGGAGAUGAUCACAUGAAACUUCAAAAUAGCAACAGAAAUGCUGAUGUUUUGCUGGCAAAUGAUAUUCCAGAUCCACCAAGAGAAGAGCCUCCGGUGGUAGCAUCCAUUGAACAAAGUCAGCAGACUACUACUUAAGACCUCUCAGAAACCUUAAUGCCUUGGUUUUAGCUUCCUGGUGCAAUGGAACCCCAUUGCAGGUGCAAGUGCAGAAAUUAAUCAGUGCCUGUUGUUGAGAGCCACUACCUGGGUUUGCCAUUUAGAUUCCUGAGGCCUUCUCAUCCUUCCAUUUUUUUGCGGAGGUGGAGGGGUAGGGAGAUCCUCACUACUCCUAUGGGCCUCCUUACAAAAGUCUUGUGAUGGAGAACUAAGCAACUCUGUGUAUUUCAAAGUAAGCCUAGCUUGGUUGUAAAGCAAAAGCUUAAUUUAAAUAAAUAGCUACUUUUUAAAGAAAAAAUAGUCAGCAUGUGAUUUGU